AUCUUCCUUCAAAUCAGAUCCUUUUGCUGGAACUAGACAGUUUUGUGAAAAUUCUGAAAGCUUAAACUUCAGUUCCUAAAGGUACUGUAGGAAUCCGAGGUUCCAAACCCUCAACCAAACAAACUCUGCAACUAACUUUAAUGGCUUCUGGAGACUUCAUUAAUAAAUCCCUCUCACUUCCUCCAUACCCCGAGGAAGACUCAGUUAGGGUGUUUGAAUUUUUUAUUUCAGAUGAUUUUGGAGGCAGUUGAGGCAUUGAAUGACGGGAAUGGUUCGAAUAAAACAUCAAUUUCGAAGUACAUAGAAUCAAGGUACGGUGUGUUGCCUCCGGGCCACAAGGUACUGCUGAAUGUACACCUUGCUAAAAUGAGGGACAGUGGGGUGCUUGACUUUUGGAAGAAUAACUACACCAAGCGUGACCCAAACGCGCCGCCGCGGCGUGGCCGUGGUAGGCCACCCAAGCCCAAGGAACUUCUGCCUCCGGGCACUGUCCUGUCACCGCCCAGGCCCAGGGGCCGCCCCCCAAAGGGCCCAAGUGUCAUGCAAAGGCAAUCCAAAGCCACCGCUGAGAGUGGCAGGCCCAGAGGCCGGCCUAGGAAGAUGGCGCGGCCAGCCGGAGGAUUUGGGGGAACAUCGGCUUCCUCGUUGAAGCCCAGCGCGAGGCCCAGAGGAAGGCCUCCGAAAGUGAAGCCCGAAUUGAUCUAAAAUAUUGCUUAGUAGUGUAGUAAUAUUAAAGCCCAGAAGGGUUGCACGGAUAGGGAUGUGUCGUUUCUGCAAAAAAGUGGAACUGAAUAACUGUUGUGUGUUGACUAGAGGCUUUUGUGUGUACAACUGUGUAUUUGUUGGAUGUACAUUGUAAUUGUGAAAAUAGGACAAUGGGUAGAUUUAAUGGAAUCAAUCUCUAAAAUUCUUCGUGUGAAGAGUUUGUGUGUCAUUCGUUUUAAAGUGAUCCUUGUCUAAAUCUUUA